GCAGUUGCCACGCGGUUGUCAAGCCUCUACAUCCUCACAGGUUACGUAAGAGAUUAGGCGCGCCCUGAUUGGCUGAAGAAGGGUUGAUAAAAUAAUCGUGCAACACGGGCUGCCGGCACCUUAAAACGGAAAGACGUCGCAACUUCCAUCCAAACACGCGGAUAAACUGACUGCAAGACACACCGGGAAGUGUUUUUAGCGUGGUUACAUCGUGACUUACAUCGUGGGGUAGAGAAAGGUAAGGGGUUUCCGGGUUGAGCUUAAAAUAGGCGAGUGAGUCAUUGGUUCAUGUCGUUUUUUUACGUUUUUAAUUGACAAAAGAGCCAAAAAUACUCGGGUGGUAAUGUUUCUGAUGGUAAUAACGGUGUUGUAAACAAAAGGGGAGCGAUAGUAAAGGAAACUUCCACCUUUUUUUAAAUCUUUCAUCUUAGCAAGCUUGAGACAGAAGUGAUGAGGAAAUGCAGCUGUACCCAUGAUGCCACACACACUCACAGAAACAGAAGUCCUCAUUGUUUCCCAUCUUCUCUUUACAGACCCUGCAGCCAUGUCUGUGAACAUCCACAUCAACAGCCCUAAUGUAAAAUACACAGACACUCACAUUGUGUCUCAGUAUUCCUACCAGACCUCAUCAGUGCACAGAGAUGGGAACAGCGUCACUGUAAGUUCAUCUUUCUUAUGCAAUUCUGUGUAAAGGUGUCUCACAGCAGAGGAGAGUGGGGUAAGUUGAGCCAAAGGGUAAGUUGAGUCACCUCCUGUUAGUUGGAAAUGGUAAAAGGAAUUGAUCAUGUGACCAAAUAUUUAGGAGAUGGGCAUCAAUUCAUGGAGUCUGUGAAGGUUAGAAGUACACGGGUGAAGGAGUUAGACAUUUAUUUACAAAAAAAAAAACAGUUUUUCACUCUUGAAAGUGAAUUUAGUCUGUCAUAAGUUUGAUUAGAAUUGUGUUCAGACCAAAAAAGAUCAUUUUAAAUUUGUUUUAUUAUUAAUUGUGGUAUCUAUGAGCUAAAACAUGAGGUCAAAAACCUAGACUAACAGUCCACCAUUUUAGCUUAGAGGACUAAUAGUCAUAAUAGUAGUUCAGGGGUAAAAUGAGCCAUUUAGCCAGGGGUAAGUCGAGUCAGUGGCUCAACUACAAAACUAAAGGAGUCUGAUGGCGCCAAUUCACAACAGUCGUCAUUCCAAGACGCUGUCUAACGAAAAAGAGCGGGUCUAGACCAUGCCCAUUGUUUGAUGAAUUAUCAAGACCCAACCUAAGAUGGGAUUUGUCCCAUCUUAUCUAACAUGAGUGACAGUGGCAAGGAAAAACUUCCUUUUAACAGGCAGAAAUCUUGAAUAGGACCAGACUCAUGUUAGACAGCCACCAAGCUGCUGCAAUGAUGAAACAAAAUGAAUUCAGUUUUACAGGAUUAGGAUACAAGUAAUUAUGGACGAUGUUAAAAUAAUUUAAUGUGAUUACAAUCAGCAGGCCUAAUAGUAGUUAAUUCUAGCCUUAUGUUAUUGAUGUUGGUGAGGCUGAUGUUCAUGUCUGCAGCAACAGUCCAGAGGAUGGCCUUUUACAAGUUAUAUGCAAUAAUAAUGAUAAAAAGAAUUAUUGUACCAGUUGAAUAGCAUGUAAUAGAUAAAAAUACACACGAGUGUGAAGAAGUGACUGUUAUUUAAGGAGAGAGAAGGUGAGGGAGGGCUGGGGUGGAGAGUUGGGGGGUAGUGGAGAUAUGGCUCAACUUACCCCGCUCCCAUGGGAGACCACUUUUUUUGGCAUGCUAUAUUAUCAAGACAUUUAUGUGUACACUCAUUCUGUUGGAUUGCAGGGAUGCACAACAUCUUGAAAUAUAUAGAGACACCAGUUAAAGAAAAAACUAUGAUUGCCUUGAUGUAGAGAUCUGAAAUAUGAAAAAUGGCUCAUCUUACCCCACUCUCCCCUACAGUUUCAUUAUAAUUUUGCUUUUAUGGGAACAGGUGACCCCCAAAACCACCGAGAUGACAUUCUGCACAGAGAGGCGUGUGCCCAGGCUGGGUGUGAUGCUGGUGGGCUGGGGAGGGAACAACGGAACCACAGUUACAGCAGCUGUACUGGCCAACAAGCUGGGCCUCACCUGGAGGUCCAAGACAGGGUUGAAGGUGAGCGGGGGGGCAUGAACGAGCACUGUUUGAGUUAAUGCGUGAUUGAAAUGAACAAUGAGAUAACAUUUUUCUGGUAAGACAAAUGGGAUAGAUUUAAGCGGGGAAGCAUCCAAACCUUUAGUAGUUGUCCACUCUCCUAUCAAUCAAUAAAUCAAUCUUUAUUUCUAUAGCACCAAUCACAAUGUUAUCUCAAGAUACUUUACAAAUAGAGCUAGUCUAGACUAUACUCUUCAGUUUUAUUUACAGAGACCCAGCAUCAAAGUGGGAUAAGAUUGAGUCCCAUUUUGUUCAGAUCAGACCCACUCUAAUUCCAUCUUUCCAUUUUAUCCUCCAUGAGUGCAGCUCUUAACAGCAUUUAGCAAGUUACAGUGGAGAGGGAAAUUGUCCUUUUAACAGGUAGAGACCUAAAGUGGACCCAGACUCAUGUUAGACAGUCAUCCGUCAUUAGAGAGGGGAUAGAGGGAGAAAGAGAUGGUAAGAGACUAAUGACAACAACCAUACAAGUAAGUGCUUUUUCUGCUUGGAGAUGACUUCCAUUCAAGAGAAACACUGAUUAUAUAACUUAGAUGAUUCUUAUCGUGUGGAUUAACCUGCAGUGAUUUACAUACAAAUGAAUUUAGACCUCUGACUGCCUUAAGGUGGACAAAAGCAGAAAAUUAUCCCAUAUAAUCCCUUUUGUAAAACAUGUCUUUAGUUAAGCUGCUAAAGCAUGUAAACUGUUUCUUACCGCUAUAAAUCAUUUAAAAAGUGCUAAAAAGUCCAGAUGGUAGGGGAAAUCUUUUUAAUGGACCGUAAUAGGAUGAGGCUGCCAUGAAGGAGAAACUUCUUGUCCUAUUUUUUAAAUAUAGCCUACUGUAUGUCCCAUGAUACAACAGGAGAGACUCAUUAUAAGCUGGUUAUGCUGACAUGUUCAGCGGAGUGUUAAGGGCUUAGUUGAAUUGGGUCUUGGGAAAAUUCCCUUAUAUGGAUAUGUAUUCUACCUCAAUCUGCCAUUUCCAUUUUAGCCAUCUUUCUUUUAUUUAAAGGGUUUAAUAAUCUCAUAAAACACUUCAUAAGAAAAUAAAUCAUACAGAAAACUCAGUUUGUGUUCUUCUCUCUCACGCUCCUCAGAAAGCAAACUACUUCGGCUCCUUCCUGCAGGCGUCUACUGUGUGUCUUGGAUCAGGGCUGGAGGGUGAUGUCAACGUGCCCUUCCAUGACCUCCUACCCAUGGUGCAUCCUAAUGAUAUUAUCUUUGACGGUACGCUCCUCCUCGUGGUAUAACCUCUGACACAGAAACUGAGUUGUGUUUGAAAGAGAGCAAGUGAGGUAACAGCAGGAAAAUCUGACCUGAGGGCAGCUUCUGAGGGCUGCCUCCCUCCAUAAGGUGAAGAUGGUCAAAGUCUAGUCUGUUACUUCAUAAGGGGAGAUCUGCUCCAGGAUCGCUACAGUCUUGUAGUGGAGGAUGUCAGAAGUUUAAACCAUGCGGCACAUUUUUACUCUGAAGCAUGCUUUUUGUGUUUACAGGUUGGGAUAUCUCCUCUCUGGAUCUUGGCAGUGCGAUGGAGAGAGCUCAGGUGCUUGACUGGUCUUUACAAGAGCAACUGCGCCCACACAUGAGCUGCAUGAAACCCAGACCAUCUAUUUAUAUCCCAGAAUUCAUUGCUGCCAACCAGGAGAGUCGUGCUGACAAUGUCCUCAUGGGAACCAUGGCAGAGCAGGUAAUGGUUGGUGAUUGACCUGCUUAUUCUGUGUUUCAAUGAGAUGCUCUGAUACUGUUGGUUAAAGGAGAACAAUCCAUAGCUGCACCACUGAGGUGUCUAAUCAAAGAGUGAGCUGGCUGAUGUGUGUUGCCAUGGUUACUUAUCAGCCUUAAAUGACUGGCAGUCGGACAGGGUUGCAGUUAAAACCGUGAGGAAUCCAAACCUUAAAACUUUGCAGAUGUUAGCUGCAGCCUACUUUUGUUAUGUCCUGCUCAAUGAAGCAAAUUUGAGACUCUGUUUUUUUUAAGCUUAUCUGUUAAAUUUGGGGUAUCCGUUAAAGAAGCAUCUUUUUUUGUGGUGUAUAUAAAAAAAAGCUUUUAAUAUCAGUCAAUAGGUUUUAGUUAUUGAUGAAAUUAGGGAAUAUAAUGAUAUCGCUGUGUUUUGUUAUGUCUGUGUAGUCAACAUUUUAAUUUUUUUCUUUCUGACUGUAAACAAAGCCGUUUUCCACCUCCCCGACCUGAUUGGUUGUGAGGCGGACACUGCUCUCCCAUGUUUUGAAGCACGCUCCACGACCUUGAGUAAUGUUCAAAAACCCAAAACAAAGUUAGCGUGCUAGAAUAUCGGACAGUAGAAACCAACCAGAAAGUACAGAAAAUUGUCUAAAUCCUCCUUUAGCUACGACCGCUGACACAAGCAAGACAACAAAGUAAAUACCGGAGACUCUGGCGAAAUAACGGGCGCUUAAAUUGAAGGUAGACUGGACAAGAACUGAAAGCCGGGUCAACGUCAAUGCAGCAUUUGGGGGAUGCUUCGGGAUCUUACAGACCCUGUAACCUUUCUGCUGGACAGGUAAACACUUUAACAAAGUAAGCCAAGUGAAGUCCUGUAGAAGUCCUGCAAACAUUGUGUUUGCACCAACAGUAGCACCAAUGCUUUUUACUUUCACGUAGACUGGGCCCCAUUUGUAAUUAUCUGAAGUCUUUAUCUGCAUUAUAUCUGAAUUUAAUUGAAACGAAACGAGCGAGCAGGAGCGUCUGUUUGUGGGCGGGGCUUGCUGUAGCAGAGAGGGAGGGGAGAGGAGGAGCUGAGGGUAAAACUGGUUGGGAGGGGUAGAGUUUACAUUCAAGAUUUCUCCCAAAAACUGGCACUUCCCCAGAUCCUGCCUACCCCCCCUUUAAUUUUAGUUGUGAUAACUUCAAUUAUAAACUAAGAAAAAAAUAUUCCUCUUCAGUUUCUUGGGAAAGGAUUAUGAAGCCUAAGAGGGGGGGUCACCACAUUAGAAAUGCUGACUCAUCCUGUUAGUACACCUUCACAUAGGAAAGGGGUGGGAUUAAAGCAGGUCUAGGAGAAACUAGCAACACGUUACAAUGUGCCCACCCAUUUCCAACUCACCUCACAUAGCUUUUAGAUUUUCUGUAAUCAAAACAAAUGAGUUAAAACAUUAGUCACUCCCUUUAAUGUUUUUACAGUUUAAUAUUAUGCUAAUUUUUUGCUUUUUAUUGCGUCUCAGCAGCUCGUUUUGGGAACAGCAAACAUGUUUUAUUUAUGCGGCUCUAACUGCAAGCUGUUUUUCAGGUGGAGCAAAUCCGGGCUGACAUCAGAGACUUCCAUCAGUCGAGCGGCGUGGACAAAGUCAUCGUUCUCUGGACCGCCAACACCGAGCGCUUCUGUGACAUCAUUCCCGGAGUUAAUAACAACGCAGAGAACCUGUUAGCUGCGAUCCAGGUGGGAGCCGAGAGUCCGCUGUAAAAAUCCAAGCAAUAAUACUUUUGAGUACAACAUCCAGUUUGAUCUGCUUCCCUUGUACUCCCAAUCAACUUCAAAUGAGUUGAUGGCUGGUGGUUGUGAAUCACCUGAUAAACUUUAAUUUCCUCUUAAUUCAGAGAAGCAAAUGGUAAUCCUUCAUCACAUUUGGUGAUUAAUAAAGCUUAGAGGAUGAAAGAUCAGCUCUCGUAAUACAUCACUGUGGGGUUUUAGAUGGGUUGCCAAAAUGAGUGUAAUGAGUCUCCCUUUAAAUCACAUCAGGGAGGAAAAUUGUGAUUUGCCUCUUGUGGGUGACUUUUUAUUGCAUCUCCUGCCCGCAGCGCGCCUGAUGUGAUGUCAGCUGAAAUAGUGUAUUUCUCAGACUUGUGAUCCUUAUCAAACGUCUUAUUUUAAAAAGCAGCACAAAAGAGAUGUGCAAUGGAGACGAUGAGGAGAGUCUCAGGAGAAUUUCAGCCUCGUGAGUUAAGUUUUUCCCCUCUUUGUUUCAUAUGAUGAGACACAACAGUUUUUUUCCCCUGUAUCUGUCAGGCUGGAGCCGAGGUUUCUCCCUCCACUCUGUUUGCAGUGGCCAGUAUACUGGAGGGUUGCGCAUACAUCAACGGGUCCCCGCAGAACACUUUCGUCCCAGGGGUCGUGGAGCUGGCCGUGCAGAGAGGGGUGUUCAUUGGAGGAGAUGACUUCAAAUCCGGACAGACUAAGAUCAAGUCUGUGCUGGUGGACUUUCUGGUCAGCACGGGUAUCAAGGUAAGAGAAAGAGAAGAAUAUGCGGUGUGUUCAACAAGAAAAGAAUAAACCCACAGUGUGUUUCCUCAUAGCUGCAGUUUGUGGCACUCAGAGUACCCUACUUAAUUGCCAAACUGGUUAAUUUGAGAAAAGGAUGACAGCUUUGAAAUUACGCUGCGAGGUAUUUUCCUACCCUAAUAAGCUCUUCCCGCCCCCGCAGCCGACCUCCAUCGUCAGCUACAAUCACCUCGGCAACAAUGAUGGGAAGAACCUUUCUGCUCCGCAGCAGUUCCGCUCCAAAGAGAUCUCCAAGAGCAACGUGGUGGAUGACAUGGUGCAGUCCAACCCUGUACUGUACUCUCCUGGAGAAAAACCUGACCACUGUGUGAGUUGCUCAGACCCACAGAAAGAUAACGAGCGACAUGUUUGUGUUUUUAAAAACCAGCCCUUCAAAUUCAUUAACUGCUGUUUCAGGUGGUGAUCAAGUACGUCCCUUAUGUGGGAGACAGCAAGCGUGCCAUGGAUGAGUACACCUCUGAGAUAAUGAUGGGAGGGACCAACACCAUCGUACUGCACAACACCUGUGAGGUCAGUGGUCAUAGUGGUCCAACCCGCUAACUGCUCACUAAACACAAUCUGUGCUGCUUUAUUUGACUGUAGCUGUGGAAGAGGAGGAGGAGGAGGAGGCUUGAGAGUGCCGGAGCUUAUAGUAAUCCUUCUUAACAAGUCCAGGAGCUAAUUAUAAGAGAUGUCUUCAGGUCGCUGACUCACUGCUUUCACCUGCCCUCAGCCAUUUCUUCACAUAAGCUAACCGAAACUGCUUAUUAUUACACAUUUAAUGUGUAUUACUACUACAUUUUACACACAGCAAAGCAAGUUUCAGUGAACUGAUUGUUGGAUUCUUUCAGUAGAAUUUGAGCCGCUGUAUGAUAGAUCUGAAAAUAUCAAACUUUGGUGCACCCUAGUGGUGGAUGAGAGAAGACCAGAUUCUAAACAGACACAUAAAUCAGAAUAUUUCAGUCUCAUACUUUAACUGGGAUGGUCACAUUUUCUUCAAACUUUGUAUAAAAUCAGACUGGUUUAAAAAAGAAAGAAAGAAAGACAUCUAUUUUUUGUACUCCAGAUAUUCUUUAUCACAAAAAAAAAGAUUUUUGGGUCAAUUUAAUCAACUUGAGUUUAUCUGAAGGUACAGUUUUUAGACAUGUGAUGCAUAAGUGCUUAAAUGCACUGUUGAUAUUGGCAUUUAAUUCCCUUAGGAUUAAAGAAUAAUACAGUCAGGAACUUGGCAGUGCAUGUAGUUUGAAGGUUUACGAAUUAUAAUAACAGUUAUCUAAAUGAAAAUAGUGCAAAGAUGACAUUUCAACUAUUGAUUUAAAUUUUUUUGUCUGAAAAAUAUUUGUUCAUUCGUUCCCAAUGAAGGAUUUCAGCUCCUCAGCAGAUCAGGGUCUCUUCUUUGGUUGUUAUUGUUUUAUAAUGUGCCAAAUCAGGCAGGCAGGCAAGUGUAACACACUGCUCCAAAACCUGUGUAUACUGCAAAGUGUCCAGAUAUGUAAGCAACCAUGAGCACUUAUCAUCCCUAUACCAUCAGGGAUCCUGGAUUUUCAAUAAGUUUAAGGUUUAAAUGAUUUGCGAACCAUGGAGCUGUUUUGGAUUUGGGCCUCCAGUAAAAAAGUAAUCCGUGGAUGUUUAGAUAAAGUUCCUAAGAACCUGGGAUAGGAAGGGUAAUUUACAGUAUUAAUAAAUGUGUAUUCCUGUAUUAUAUCAUUAUACCGACCUCAUCUUUCUGUCUUUGUAACAGGACUCUCUGCUCGCCAGCCCGAUCAUCCUCGACCUGGUGAUUCUGACAGAGCUUUGUCAGCGUGUGACUGUCCGUCCACAGGGAGAGGAAGACUUCCAGUCCUUCCACAGUGUCUUAGCUCUGCUCUCCUUUCUCUGCAAAGCCCCUCUGGUACCAUCAGGGACCCCAGUGGUUAAUGCUUUCUUCCGUCAGAGGGCCUGCAUAGAAAACAUCCUGAGGUUAGCACUAGACUCCUCUCCCAUCUCAGGGGGUUUGCUUUUAAGAGUGAUACUUUUAAAGAGUCUGGUUUGAGCACAGAUGUAAUGUUCCCAUCACUUCUUUUCGGUGUGUGUUUCAGAGCCUGCCUCGGCCUCCCUCCUCAGAACCACAUGCUGCUGGAGCACAAACUACAGAGAGAAUUCCUGCCUCCACACGCCACCCACUUAAAUGGCAACAUAGCUGCUGUGAAAAAAGGUGCUUUUACGAACGGGAACCAUAUACCUCUGACAAACGGCAUCUGUGCACAUGGUGAUGAUGCAGCACAUGCGAUAUGACAGCAAAUACAGCGCAGCGACUUGAGAUACUACUGAAAUUAGAUAUCUUUUGAAACAAGACUGAAGGCCCUCUUUGAUUAACUACAAAAGCACCGUUGAUUUGAUAACUUUGCAGAGUAAACCUGACGUUUAUUUGAGAUGCAUUUAAAAACAUCAGUAUCUAGCAGUAUCCCCACACAACACUCUUUAAGGCAGCCUAUGUUUUUAAAGUUUUAUCUAUAAGACUUAACUCUGUAUUCAAUAUAAAAGUUAAUAUUUUCUCUUGUUUUUAUUGACCUUGGUUGUCUUUUUUGGAGUGGAUAUUAAUUCUUUGGCGAAUGUAAAAUUUUACUGUACUUUAAAAGCACAAGACAUUAAAACAGGUUCAUAGUUUUUAAAUCUUGCAGCUGUGAAGAUGUACUGUACUUUGUGGUAUUAUCGAUCACUACCAUAAGCUAUCCAUAUAUUGUGUUUUGUGUAUUGCUAUUGACAGUUAAUAUGGAUGUGGUUUUAAAUGUCUUUAUGUGAAGGUUACACGGCCUAUUUAUAAGCAAUAAACAUUUGAAUACUUUUAUUUGAAGUGAACUUGUUUAAGGAAA